CUACGGGGUUAAUACGGGGCUUGAGCUUGGGAAGGGGACGAGGGAAGCAAGUUAGACGUCGGCCUGGCGGCGGCGGCGGCGGCGGUACCGCAACCGUCCAAUAUUUAUCUAAUUGCCCAGCGACCACUGAUGAAGAUAGGUUGGAGUAACUGCUGAAACUGAAUUUUAUUGACCAGAAGACAGUCCAUUUGUUUCACUUCUUUUUGUUUUCCCUACUGCUUUGAGCUUUACUGUAACGGCUGAAAAACUUGGAAAAUAAAAUGAACAUGCUGUGGUCUUGAACUUUUUUUUUUUUGAGGAAAAAUUAAAGUGCCAGAGUGAAAGCCAGAAUGGCAUCCAGAGAGAGACUCUUUGAACUUUGGAUGCUUUAUUGUGCGAAGAAAGAUCCAGAUUACCUGAAGCUGUGGUUGGACAAUUUUGUUUCUAGCUAUGAACAAUUCUUAGAUGUUGACUUUGAAAAGCUGCCUACCAGGGUAGAUGAUGUGCCUCCAGGAAUAUCUCUGCUUCCUGAUAAUAUUCUGCAGGUUCUGAGGACCCAGCUUCUACAGUGUGUUCAGAAAGUGGCAGACGGGUUAGAGGAAGAACAACAAGCCUUGUCAAUUUUGCUUGUCAAGUUCUUCAUUAUUCUUUGCAGAAAUCUAUCUAAUGUAGAAGAAAUUGGGACUUGUUCGUAUAUCAAUCAUGUUAUCACUAUGACAACACUCUAUAUUCAACAAUUAAAAAGCAAAAAAAAAGAGAAGGAAUUGGCAGAUCAGACAUCUAUCGAAGAAUUUGUGAUCCACGCGUUGGCAUUUUGUGAAAGUUUAUAUGACCCAUAUCGGAAUUGGAGGCAUAGAAUUUCAGGACGAAUCCUUAGUACUGUGGAAAAGAGCAGACAGAAAUAUAAACCAGCUUCUCUCACAGUGGAGUUUGUCCCUUUCUUUUAUCAAUGUUUUCAAGAAAGUGAGCAUCUCAAGGAAAGCCUUAAGUGUUGCUUAUUGCAUCUCUUUGGAGCCAUUGUAGCUGGUGGGCAGAGGAAUGCUUUGCAAGCAAUUUCUCCAGCCACCAUGGAGGUUCUCAUGAGAGUUUUGGCCGAUUGUGAUUCUUGGGAGGAUGGAAAUCCUGAAGAAGUGGGUAGGAAGGUGGAACUUACUCUGAAGUGCCUUACAGAGGUGGUACAUAUCCUUCUCACUAGCAGCUCUGAUCAGCGUCAAGUGGAAACCAGCACUAUUUUGGAGAACUAUUUUAAAUUGCUAAAUUCAGAUCAUUCAGCUUUACCUAAUCAAAGGAGGUCCAGACUGUGGGAAAGCCGGUUCAUAGCUCUACAGAUCAAAAUGCUGAAUACCAUUACAGCCAUGUUAGACUGCAGAGAUAGGCCUGUUCUUCAGGCUAUUUUUCUUAACAGUAAUUGCUUUGAACAUCUCAUACGACUGCUACAGAACUGCAAGCUAUUUUUAAAUGCUAACAGUAAGGUGGCAGACAAGAACGAGAAAGACCUUGCCAACAAAUUACUGACAGAAAUGAAUGAGGACCAGGUGUUUCAGGCACAGUUGGAUUGUUUGGCUGUAUCAACCAUUCAGGCUUUGACAGCCGUAAUGAACAAAUCUCCAGCUGCUAAGGAAGUAUUUAAAGAAAGAAUUGGUUAUAUACAUAUGUUUGAAGUAUUAAAAUCACUGGGUCAGCCACCACUGGAACUACUUAAAGAACUUAUGAAUAUGGCUGUAGAGGGUGAUCACACUUCAGUUGGAAUUUUGGGCAUUAGUAAUGUCCAGCCUCUCUUGCUUCUUAUCCAGUGGCUUCCAGAGCUAGAAUCCCAUGACCUGCAAAUCUUCAUCUCUGAUUGGCUGAAAAGAAUUUGUUGUAUUAAUAGGCAGAGUCGAACUACUUGUGUCAAUGCAAACAUGGGAAUUAGAAUCACUGAAACCCUUAAUUCCCAUUCUUCCCUCCAUCGAACUUGUGCUGAGAACUUGAUUGCACUCCAUGGUUCAUUGGGGAGUCAGUCAGUGAGCUCAGAAGAAAUCCGUCAACUACUAAGAUUGUUGAGAGUGGAUGACUCUGAGUACAUUCACCCCUAUACCACUCUUGUAACUCGAGCAAUCCUGACAAUGGCCCGAAAACAAAGUCUAGAGAGUGCACUGCAGUAUUUUAAUUUGUCACAUAGUAUGGCAGGAAUUUCUGUGCCUUCCAUACAGAAAUGGCCGGGGUCUGCCUUUUCUUUCAAUGCUUGGUUUUGCUUAGAUCAGGAUCAGUUGACUCUUGGCAAUGCUAACAAAGGAGGAAAAAGAAAACAAUUGUACAGCUUUUUUACAGGAAGUGGCAUGGGUUUUGAAGCUUUUAUUACCCAUUCAGGUAUGUUGGUUGUGGCAGUGUGCACGAAAAGAGAAUAUGCAACAGUUAUGCUUCCUGACCACAGUUUCUGUGAUUCCCUCUGGCACAACAUAACCAUUGUUCACAUGCCUGGAAAAAGGCCCUUUGGUCAGAGCCUUGUAUAUAUCUAUGACAAUGGACAGCAGAAGGUCUCUGCCCCUCUGAGAUUUCCUGCCACGAAUGAACCUUUUAUUUCUUGCUGUAUUGGUUCAGCUGGGCAAAGAACCACCACUCCUCCACCAUCCCAAAUCCCAGAUCCACCUUUUUCUUCUCCCAUUACCCCUCAUCGAACAUCAUUUGGUGGAAUUUUGUCAUCAGCUUCCUGGGGAGGAACAAUGGAAAAAUCAAAGUUGAUUACCAAAUUGAUAUCAGCUGGAACACAAGACAGUGAAUGGGGGUGUCCCACAUCUCUGGAGGGUCAGCUGGGGUCUGUUAUCAUCUUCUAUGAAGCACUGCAGCCUCUUCAGGUGAAGGCAUUAUAUUUAGCAGGUCCAAACUGUUUAAGCCCUUGGAAAUUUCAAGAGUCUGACAUGGCUGACCUGCCUGGUAACGUCCUUCUUCACUACACUGCAAAGGCCUGCAAAAAUUCAAUCUGUCUUGAUUUAUCUACUAAUUGUUUGCAUGGAAGGUUAACAGGAAACAAAGUAGUAAACUGGGACAUUAAGGACAGCAUAAACUGCAUAGGUGGAUUAAAUGUACUCUUUCCUCUAAUGGAACAAAUCAGCCACUUUGGUGAAGGACAGAUUCCUGAGGGAUUGAAUGAAAGCACAGUUUCUGAAUUGAUAACACCUGUAGAAGGAGAUUGGGUGGUAUUGAACUCCACAAAGGCAUCAGAGUCAAGACUAGAGAGAAAUUUAAUUGCAACAUUUAUCUUGAUUGUGAAACACUUUAUUCAAAGACAUCCUAUUAACCAGGACAAUCUUAUUCACUCCCAUGGAAUUGCCAUUCUUGGUGCCUUACUUCAGAAGGUGCCAAGCACCUUGAUGGAUGUUAAUGUAUUGAUGGCAAUUCAAUUACUCAUUGAGCAGGUAUCAUUAGAGAAAAAUAUGCAGCUCCUGCAACAAAUGUAUCAGUAUUUACUCUUUGACUUCCGUAUUUGGAACCGUGGAGAUUUUCCCUUUCGAAUUGGUCACAUACAGUAUCUUUCCACCAUCAUCAAGGACAGCAGGAGAGUUUUCCGAAAGAAGUAUGGUGUACAGUUUCUCCUAGAUACACUUAGGAUUUAUUAUGGGAGUGAUUGUAAAUAUAGUGAGCUGUCUCUAGAUGAUAUUCGAACAAUAAGGACUUCUUUGUAUGGACUAAUUAAAUAUUUUCUGUGCAAAGGCGGAACUCAUGAAGAGAUACAAAGUAUUAUGGGUUAUGUAUCUGCUAUCAAUGAAGAAGAACAGCUUUUUGGAAUUUUGGACAUACUCUUCGGUCUCCUACGUACCAGCCCAACUAGAGGUCAACUUUUCUUACUGCUGUUUGAACCAGGAAAUGCUGACAUACUUUAUGCCUUGCUCUUAAAUCAGAAAUACUCUGACAGACUAAGAGAAAUCAUUUUUAAGGUUAUGGAACAGAUGUUGAAAUGCACGAACGUUUAUGAACGAAGUAAACAACGUAUUCGACUUAGAGAAGUUGGCUACUCAGGAUUAGGGCUCCUUCUUAAUGAAGCACCUGUUAAUACUUCUCUCAUUAAAAGUCUCACCAAUCAAAUUAUAAAUACAGAUCCUGCUACUAAUUUCAAAGAUCUGUUAUCUGUGGUAUAUAUAUCUCACAGAGCACGUAUAAAUGUCAGGGUGGUCAUCUGCAGAAAGAUUUUACAGAUUUUACAGUCCCAGCCAGAUGCAGCACAUCAAAUAUCUCAACAAGUGGGUUGGCAAGACACUUUAGUUAGGCUUUUUUUAAAAGCAAAUUUUGAAAAUGGAAAUACUCUUCAUAAGCACAGUAAGGCUGUUGUAAUGAAAGACAAUGAUAAAAAUAUAUCAGCUGAAGAUAUGAAGAGGAACUCUGAUGAAAAGACAGAUGAGGAAAAAAUCAGCUCUUUUGCCUCAGCUCAUGUGUCUUCAGAUCAGUGGAGUUUGGAGGAUAGACACUCCCUAGACUCCAACACACCAUUAUUUCAAGAAGAUAGCUUGAUGGGAGAAUUAUCUUUCAAAUCAGAAAAUCGAGGAGAAUUCUGGCAUAAUAACCCUUCACAUUUGAGUUUAGAUCUCAGUGGAAUUGAUUCAUGUGAACUGAGUGAUAGUGGAAGUCAAAUGCCAGACAGCUUGCCUAGCACGCCAUCCCCGAUAGAGUCCACUAAGUCAUUUUCUGUGCAGUCUGACAAAGAAAGCAGCAUCACAAAUGAUGUGGGCUUUAGUGAUGACUUCUCUUUACUUGAAAACCAAGAGAGAUGUGAGGAAGAGCUUAUUGAAUUACUGACAAAUAUUUUGAACUGUGUAAUGUGUAAGGGACUAGAAAAGUCUGAUGACGAUACUUGGAUUGAACGGGGGCAAGUGUUUUCGGCACUAACUAAACCAGGAAUAUCCAGUGAGCUACUUCGACCAUCAGAUGAAAUAAAACUAAUUUUGCUACAGAAGAUGUUAGAAUGGGCAGUCACAGAAAACAGAGAAGCAAAAUUUAAUCCAGUAACUGCUGAAAAUGCUUUCCGACUCAUGCUGAUCAUACAGGACUUUCUGCAGUCAGAGGGACUAGUUAAUUCGAACAUGUGGACUGAGAAGCUUUUAGAGGAUAUGGUGCUGCUCUUCGACAGUCUGUCAGUUUGGUAUUCUGAAAGUCCAGUAUGGGUGAAACUCUCUCAGAUUCAAAUCCAGAUGCUUCUAGGCUUCAUUGGAAGGGGUAAUUUGCAGGUUUGUGCAGUGGCAUCAGCUAAGCUAAACACCCUUCUUCAGACCAAGGUGAUUGAAAAUCAGGAUGAAGCAUGUUACAUUUUAGGGAAGCUGGAACAUGUUCUAAGUCAAUCAAUCAAGGAACAGACUGAAAUAUACUCAUUUCUGAUUCCGCUUGUCCGUACCCUGGUUUCCAAAAUUUAUGAGCUUCUCUUCAUGAACUUGCAUCUGCCUUCUUUACCUUUUACCAAUGGAAGCUCUUCAUUUUUUGAAGAUUUUCAAGAAUAUUGCAGUUCAAGUGAAUGGCAAGUUUACAUUGAAAAAUAUAUUGUACCUUAUAUGAAGCAGUAUGAAACCCAUGCAUUCUAUGAUGGUCAUGAGAGCAUGGCACUAUACUGGAAGGAUUGUUAUGAAGCCUUAAUGGUGAAUAUGCAUAAACGAGACCGGGAAGGGGGAGAGAGCAAGCUCAAGUUUCAGGAGUUUUUUGUGGAGCCAUUUAAUCGAAAAGCACGCCAAGAGAACUUGAGGUAUAAUAAUAUGCUUAAACAACUUAGCAGUCCACAGUUAGCCACUCUGAGACGCUGGAAGGCAAUAAAGCUCUAUCUUACAUGUGAAAGGGGACCUUGGGCUGAAAGGAAACAAAAUCCAAUUCACUGGAAGCUAGCUAACGUAGAAAAUUAUUCCCGCAUGAGACUUAAAUUGGUGCCAAAUUAUAACUUCAAAACCCAUGAUGAAGCUAGUGCUUUGAGAGAUAAUCUAGGUAUCCAGCAGCCGCAGCCUUCCAGUGAUUCACUGCUUUUGGAAGUAGUGAAACAAGUAAAAGUUAGUGAUAUGGAGGAGGAUAAAUUAGAUCUUCCUGAAGAGGAGAUAACAGCCAGAGUAAAUAUUGAUGAGAAAGAAGAACAGGAUCAAAAAGAAAAAUUGGUGUUGUUGGAAGACUGUGAACUCAUUACGAUAAUUGACAUAAUUCCUGGCAGAUUAGAAAUCACUACUCAACACAUUUACUUCUAUGAUGGCAGCAUUGAAAAAGAGGACGGAGUAGGCUUUGAUUUCAAGUGGCCUCACUCUCAAGUUCGAGAGAUUCACCUACGACGGUACAACUUAAGGAGGUCAGCCCUUGAGAUUUUUCAUGUUGACCAAUCCAACUACUUUCUCAAUUUCAAAAAAGAGGUUAGGAACAAAGUAUAUAGCAGACUGUUGUCACUUCAUUCUCCAAAUAGUUAUGGAACCAGAUCACCACAGGAGUUAUUCAAAGCAUCAGGAUUGACGCAGAAAUGGGUAAACAGAGAGAUAUCAAAUUUUGACUACCUCAUUCAAUUAAAUACAAUGGCAGGACGAACCUAUAAUGACCUUGCACAGUAUCCUGUGUUCCCCUGGAUUUUACAAGAUUAUACUUCAGAAGAGUUGGAUCUUAAUAACCCAUCUGUAUUUCGAGAUCUAUCCAAACCAAUUGGGGUAGUUAAUGAUAAAAAUGCCAAAGCCAUGCGAGAAAAAUACGAAAAUUUUGAGGAUCCUAUGGGAACUAUUGAUAAAUUUCAUUAUGGUACUCACUAUUCAAAUUCUGCCGGGGUUAUGCACUAUCUUAUUCGUACAGAACCAUUCACCACCCUCCACAUCCAGCUUCAGAGUGGAAGGUUUGACUGUGCAGAUCGACAAUUCCAUUCCAUCCCUGCUACCUGGCAGGCUCUCAUGGACAAUCCAUAUGAUGUGAAGGAACUUAUUCCUGAAUUCUUCUAUUUCCCAGAAUUUUUGGAAAAUCAAAAUCAAUUUAACUUGGGUCGUCUACAAGUUUCCAGAGAACUAGUAAAUGAUGUCAUUCUCCCCAAAUGGGCUAAGUCAGCUGAAGAUUUCAUCUAUAAACAUAGGAAAGCUCUGGAGUCUGAAUAUGUUUCUGCUCAUCUUCAUGAAUGGAUAGAUCUGAUUUUUGGCUAUAAACAGAGGGGGCCAGCUGCAGUGGAGGCACUCAAUGUUUUCUAUUACUGUAGUUAUGAAGGAGCUGUGGAUCUGGAUGCCUUAACAGAUGAGAAGGAAAGAAAAGCCUUAGAAGGGAUGAUUAACAAUUUUGGGCAAACACCUUGUCAACUGUUAAAGGAACCACACCCUUCUAGAUUAUCAGCAGAGGAAGCAGUGCAGAAGCAAACCAAAACAGACACUUCAACCUUUAACUUAUUUCAACACCUCCCUGAACUCAAGUCAUUUUUUAUAGAGGGAAUUAGUGAUGGUAUUCCACUAAUAAAGGCCAUUGUCCCCAAAAAUCAGUCUCGUUCUUUUAUUUCACAAGGCAGUCCUGAGUUACUGAUAACAGUAAGCAUGAAUUACGUUAUUGGAACCCAUGGAUGGCUGCCUUAUGACAGAAACAUUUCUAAUUACUUUACAUUCAUCAGGGAUCAAACUGUGACAAAUCCAAAAACUCAGCGUAGUAUGAAUGGACCUUUUGCUCCAGGGCUGGAGAUCACUUCUAAGCUAUUUAUAGUAUCACAUGAUGCGAAGUUGCUUUUUAGUGCUGGACACUGGGAUAAUAGCAUUCAAGUGAUGUCACUUACAAAAGGCAAAAUUGUUUCACACAAUAUCAGACAUAUGGAUAUUGUGACUUGUUUAGCUACAGAUUACUGUGGAAUACAUUUGAUUUCUGGUUCCAGAGAUACUACAUGUAUGGUAUGGCAGAUAACCCAACAGGGAGGUGUUCCUGUGGGCCUAGCAUCUAAACCGUUUCAGAUUCUGUACGGACACACUGAUGAGGUAUUGAGUGUUGGCAUCAGCACUGAGCUAGACAUGGCAGUGUCAGGAUCAAGGGAUGGCACUGUGAUUAUACAUACCAUUCAGAAAGGUCAGUAUAUGCGGACUUUACGACCACCUUGUGAGAGUUCUCUGCUCCUGACCAUUCCCAAUUUGGCUAUAUCUUGGGAAGGACAUAUUGUCAUCUACUCCAGCAUUGAAGAAAGUACCACCCUCAAGGAUAAGAAUGCAUUGCAUUUGUUUUCUGUAAAUGGCAAGUAUCUACAGUCUCAAGUCCUGAAGGAACAAGUAUCAGAUAUAUGUGUAAUUGGAGAGCACAUAGUCACAGGCAGCUUACAAGGAUUCCUGUCCAUAAGAGAUCUCCACAGUUUGAAUCUCAGCAUCAACCCAUUAGCCAUGCGAUCGCCUAUCCACUGUGUUUAUGUAACCAAAGAAUAUAGCCAUAUUCUUGUAGGAUUAGAAGAUGGCAAAUUGAUUGUCGUGGGUGUUGGCAAGCCAGCUGAGAUGCGCUCAGGUCAGCUUUCUCGAAAAUUGUGGGGAUCUAACAAGCGGCUCAGCCAGAUUUCAGCCGGAGAGACUGAAUAUAAUACUCAAGAUUCCAAGUGAUUGUUAUUUCUGCCUUCUGUCAUGGAUAACUGAAAUUUGAUUUAUUGCUUUGUCACUUUAAUCUGUGACAGAUUAAUGUGACAUUAAAUCACUUUAAUAUCACAUCUCUCAACUAUCUUAAAUGUUUCAGGGCUGUUAUCCCUGAAAAUCAUUUAGGGAUUACCAAAAUUCGGUAUCGUAUGUGUAUAAAGUCGUAGGUUAUAUUAUUAUUAUCCACUAAAAAAAU